AUGUCUUUUUCUCGAAAUGGAUUGCUCGUUAUCGGCGCUGGAGGUAUGGGCCUUGCCAUCGCUCGUCGCCUAGGUGCAGGACGUCGUGUCUUCCUCGCCGACUACUCCAAAGACACAUUGGAGUCUGCUGCAAACAGCCUACGAGAUACUGGCCACGAUGUGGAAACCCAAAUAGUCGAUGUGUCCAGUUACGAGUCAGUUACAAAGCUGGCCAAACAUGCGACCUCGACUAGCACUCUCAAUACUGUGGUCAACACAGCCGGCAUCUCUCCUUCGAUGGGAACUGCCCGACAGAUCUUUGAGGUUGAUCUGCUUGGAACAGCCAACGUCAUCGAUGCUUUCCUCGAGGUUAUGCCUUCUGGCUCCUCACUGACGACAGUCGCCAGCAUUGCCAGUGCCUUGUACGCCAGCGCGAUCACCCCAGAGUUGGAACAACAUCUCGCCACAGCUCCAAAAGACAAACUCCUGCAACAUGCCAGCAUUGAUCUUGAAGGAAAUCCAGGCGUCGCGUACGGAAUCUCAAAGAGGGGCAACAUUGUUCGAGUCCAAGCCGCCGUCAAAACAGCCGGAACAAAGGGAAUCAGGAUCAACAGCAUCAGCCCUGGCGUCAUCACCACAGCAAUGAUACGUGCGGAGUUGGAAUCAGAGGCUGGGGAGAAUGUUCGACAGAUGGUAAAGGCGACACCCAUUCAGAGGGCAGGAUCUGCGGAUGAGAUUGCAAGUAUUGUGGCCUUUGUGUCUGGUCCAGAGGCUUCCUUUGUUAAUGGGGCGGACUUUGUGAUUGAUGGUGGAUUUGUUGCCUCGACUCGAUUUAAUGGUCCGGCCGGGGCAUCAGAGGCAACUUAG